CCACGACUGACAGCUCGUUGUUGUUUCAUCAGCAUCCAUCUCUCGCGAACAGCGUAAAAAUUUCAGUAUUUUUGUAUUAUAUUUAAUUACCUACUAAAUUUUAGGAGCGAUCCCGUGAAUUCCUGCAAAUUUAUACAACAAUGUGUGAUUCCGAUAAUGAAGAGUUUGAAAGUGCGGAUGAAGAUUUUGAGGACGUGAAAAAACUGCAGAAAGGUGACAAAAUGUUCCCCCCUGCUGCUGCAGAUCCAAAGUCUGACGUGGAGCCUACGAGGAGCAGUGGCGACGGUGCCAGUGGGAAGGAUGACGACAAAGCUGCUGACCUUGACCCGCUGGACGAGACCAAAGAAGAGCCGAAGAAAAGCGGAGUUAGGAAAAUUAUUAGACCUGAUAAAGAGCGGCUGAAGGAAGCCAAGUUGGUCGUUGGCAAUGUGGAAGAAAGUGUUGACCAAAAGAAGGAUGCGGCGAAAGAAGCUAUGGCCAGCACUGGCGAUGGUUGGGAUGACUUUGAUGAUGAUUGGGGAGAUUUUAGCGUUGAUGCGGCUUCAGCCACGAAAAAAUCGAAGGAAACAGAGCAAAAGAAAGCGGAAGCGAAUACCAGCUACAAAGAUGUGGACAUUGAUGAGGUGGAAAAUAAGCUCAAAGAUUUUAUGAAGCGACAAGAUGAUCCUCCUGUGAGCUCAGUACUGGAUCGCUUGUCUAGUCAGCAGGACCCGAGCAAGUCUGUGGCGGGGACGGGACAAUCAUGGAGUGGGUGGAAGCCCAGCUGGGGCGGUGCCGCCGUGUCGUUUCUGUCUUCGGCGUCUAAGAGUGUUGCCUCGAUUACGACUAAUAUAACUCAGGCAAUUGAAUCAGGAAUCGGCGUUCCCACCCCGGAAGAGAUGGCUAAGCGUCAGGCAGAGGAAAAAGCUAAACUCGAAGCCGACGGUUAUGUCCCGGAAGACAAUCAACCAAGGGGCGAACCCAGGUCCACGACCGCAACCGAUCGGUUUGGGUUCGAUCAGAUUGUUUCGGGUGUGACCCAAAUCAGCAGUAAGGUCAUAACCGGUGGAUUGGAUACUUUAGAGGGGAUCGGCAAGAAGACCAUGACGAUUCUGCAGGAGAAUGAUCCUGGAUUGUUGAGUAAACGAAUGAACGAUGGUGUUGUGCUGAGUCAGGUGCUUCGUGAAGCCAAGGAGAAAACCGAGGAGCGCGAAAGAAACUUGAAGCAAGUGCAAAAGCAUCUUUAUAAGAAAAAGUUGCACUUCGAGACGCUCUUCGAUGAUUACCAUGGUUUGGUGCACUUGGAAGCACUGGAGAUGCUUUCCAAGCAAGCGUCUCUUAAACUGGAUUCCUUAAUGGUUCCCCUCACCGGAAAUGCCCUCGAAGAGCUACAGGAGACCAUGAAUGAGGUUAAAGAACUUUGCGAGUUGCCUGAUUCGGAAAACGACGACACCGAUGGAACCCAUACUGUUGAAGAGCUAGAACAGAAGCUCAAGGAAGCGGUUACCGAUCUGGACGAAGUGAAAGUGGACUUCCAAGAUCUACUCAAAUGCUGGCGAGAGAACCUCGAGUGGAUCGAAUCGUCGACAACAACCGUACGAUCAUCACAGCAAAUCUUCGAAAAGGCCCUGCACGCCCUGGCGCAAACGACGGCCUUGUGUGUGCUGCGAAUGCACAAACUGGCGGAAAUUCUACUGAUACUGGAACAUCACAGCACGGCCAACGAAGCCGACGCCUUAGUUCAGCUGACCACCGUUUUCUGUUGGCAUUUGAGCGGAGUGGCUGCACGGUUUUCAGCGGAGCUUAGCAAAUUGAAAGCGGACCAGCAAACGCGCCGAUCCGCUGGGGAAGAUAGCGAUAAUGCACUGAUAACGAAUAUUUUCUUGGAGGGUUCCAACAGUACUUCUUACGUGCAGAAUGCUUUCCAGUUGUUCAUCCCAAUACUGCAGAUCGGAGCAGCGUAGUUUCCGUUUUCCCUAGCAUCUUCAACGCGAGUGUUUCUAAUCGUAUAAAUCACAGUGUUUUAUCGGUUUAAAUAAAUGAAAGUUUAUUACUCUUCUUGUAUGUAUAACAAAUCGUA